AUGCAGAGUUGCUGCCUGACUGGCUAUCAGGAAACAGGUGUGCCUGCUACUGCAGGGGGGUGGGGGAGGAGCAUCAAGCAGCUCCGCAAAGGCCUGUCAGAGGAGUGGGUGCCACUGCCUGGCCAGAAACUGGUAACUGGUGUUCACAGGUACAGCAGGACCCAGUGUCCCUGUGGAGGACUGCCAGAGGAGGUGAAGCCACUGCCUGAUCCCUAUCAAGCAGGAAGCAAGUGUGCACAGGUGGACCUGUGGCAGCCCAGCGGCAUCUCCUAUGUAUCAGAGGGAACAGUGACUGAUGUCCGUGUUCCCCAAAAUGGUUCUCAAGCCCUGUUAGCCUUCUUACAGGAAGCCAACAUCCGGUACAAGAUCCUCAUAGAAGAUCUUCAGAAAGCACUGGAAAGGGGAAGAAGCUUACAAAUCCAGAGAAAUAGAAGAUCCCUCUCUGAAUACAAUUAUGAAGUUUAUCACUCCUUAGAAGAAAUUCAAAAUUGGAUGCAUCAUCUGAAUAAAACUCAUUCAGGCCUCAUUCACAUGUUCUCUAUUGGAAAAUCAUAUGAGGGAAGAUCUCUUUUUAUUUUAAAGCUGGGCAGAAAAUCACGAGCUUACAAAGGAGCUGUCUGGAUAGACUGUGGUAUUCAUGCAAGAGAAUGGAUUGGUCCUGCCUUUUGUCAGUGGUUUGUAAAAGAAGCUCUUCAAACAUAUAGGAGUGACCCAGCCAUGAGAAAAAUGUUGCAUCAUCUGUAUUUCUAUAUCAUGCCUGUGUUUAAUGUUGAUGGAUACCAUUUUAGCUGGACCAAUGAUCGAUUUUGGAGAAAAACAAGGUCAAGGAACUCAAGGUUUCACUGCCGUGGAGUUGAUGCUAAUCGUAACUGGAAAGUGAAAUGGUGCAGUAAGUUUGGGAGUGAUUGGGAUUCAGAGCCAAAG